GUCUGUGGCAUAUCAUCCGGUGAAGUUGCGAGGAAGGAUAAAGGAAUUGACUCAGCAUUCGUUCGGCAACAAUUUCCAAAUGGUGAAAGCUAAAAAUGACAGUGAAACCAACUGGAUCCUCUUGGUGGAGAAGCUGAGUACUGCAUUUAGUAAAAUCAACAGUGAGUACACAGAAAAACUGUUAUGCGAAAAAAGGAUUCAAUCUCUCAAGGGAUAGUUUCAUGGAGAUGGGUGAAUUGUUGGCUCUUGAAGAUGUUGACGUGUUCAGAUUCAGCAGCUACUGCAGAUGUGAAUUCUACAAAGCAGAUAUCGGGUGGGGGAAGCCUGUUUGGGUGCAGUGCUAGUUUUGACAUUAGGGAUACUAUUUUACUGUUUGAUUCAAUAGAAUCACAAGGAGGAAUUGAGGCAUGGAUUGUUAUGGCUGAUGAAGACAUGGCAAGACUUGAGCAGGACAUAGACAUCCACCACUUCACUACUCCUUAUCUCCCCAGAUACAUGGUCUUAUGACGUUGCAGGACGUGUUUGCCAUCAUGCAAGAAAAAGGUUCAGGCUUCUCAUCCUUUUGGAUUCAGAUAAAUUCGACAAACCGGAGGCUUCCAAAGCGUUCCUCUCCAUACAACUAUGGCGGAGGAUCCUCUUCCUCGCAAACCAGCUGACAGACAGUCAGUCCUUUAUUUCUUGUUAGGGCGGCCAUGGCUGCUUUAUGUGGUGCUGCAAAUGCAAUCCACGAUGAGUCAGAGAUUCAUUCGCUACCAUGAAACAAAGUAUUGGAGCAGGAUAGCUUCGUCCUAUUUGAUGUCUAUACUCUCCAAGCCACCAGGAAGCAUGAGCAGUAUGCAGGUUCAACGGGUGUCGAAAGAGCUCAUCAGACCGUCUUCUCCGACUCCAAAUCAUCUCAGAAACUUCCAGCGAUCUUUCAUCGACGAGAGGAUCCCUCCUCUCUACAUCCCUCUGGUAAUUUACUACAACCUUAAUGAAGGAAAAGGCAUUGUCCAAUCCCAGAUGUCUUGCAGGCUCAAGAGUUCACUGUCAGAUGCUUUGGUCCAUUUCUACCCCCUGGCUGGAAGGUUGAAAGGCCAGGCUUCAGUCGAUUGCAACGACAAGGGGAUUGUGUACAUGGAAGCUGUUGCUGACGGAAGGAUAUCUGAGGUAGUUAAAACCGCAGAUUCUCUUAUUUUGGAUAAGCUUGUCCCUUUCAACUCCAACGCCUCUGUUACAAAAGCUGAGGAACUGCUGGCAAUUCAGGUUACAUGGUUUGACGGUGGAGGAAUCGCUGUCGGCAUAUGCAUUUCACACAGUGUAGCAGAUGUCUGCACCCUCAGCUCGUUUGUCGAAUGCUGGACGUCUAUAGCAUCUGGGGAGGCUAGCAGAGUGGUCUACCCUGCAUAUAACUCGGCAAAACUCUUCCCACCACAGAACACGCCAGAUUUUACGCCCAAUUGGAAAAGCCCGGCAGUCCAGCCUCAUUCUGUAAAACUUGCCAUGAAAAGGUUUACUUUCACUUCCUAUAUUAUAAAUGAAUUGAAAAUGAAGGUAAAGGAAGGAUCUUCGAUAGUAAGGCCUACCCGCAUAGAGGUUCUUUCGGCAUUCUUGUGGAGCCGUUGUCUGAUGGCCAAAAAUGCCGGGAAAUCACACAAGUCUGUGGCAUAUCAUCCGGUGAACUUGCGAGGAAGGAUAAAGGGAUUGACUCAGCAUUCGUUCGGAAACAAUUUCCAAAUGGCGAAAGCAGAAAAUGACGGAGAAACCAACUGGAUCCUCUUGGUGGAGAAGCUGAGGACUGCAUUCAGUAAAAUCAACAGUGAGUACACAGAAAAACUGUUAGGCGAAAAAGGAUUCAACCUCACGAGGGAUAGUUUCAUCGAAAUGAGUAAAUUGUUGGUACAUGGAAAUGUUGAAGUGUUCAGAUUCAGCAGCUACUGCAGAUUUGAGUUCUACAGAGCAGAUUUCGGGUGGGGGAAGCCUGUUUGGGUGAGCAGUGCUAGUUAUGAAAGUAGGGAUUGUAUUUUACUGUUUGAUUCGAUAGAAUCACAAGGAGGAAUUGAUGCAUGGAUUAUUAUGGCUGAUGAAGACAUGGCAAGACUAGAACAGGACAUAGACAUUCAUCAGUUCACUACUCCCUUUCUCCCACCAUACAUGCUCUUAUCACAAUCUUGAAGCUAGUCCAUCAUGCAACAAAAAGUUCAGGGAUUCGGAUAAACUCGACAAAUCAAGAGGAUCUGCAACUGAGUUCAAGCAAGAACUUACAAGUUGUGAAGAUGGAGAAACGAGUGGAGAUCAUCUCCAGAGAAACAAUCCAGCCGUCAUCUCCAACUCCACUGCACCUCAGGGAG